CAGGGGCAGACAUGGCGUGUAUGUCUGCAAGCAGAAGCAGCAGCUCAGGAAAAACAACAACAACAAUGAUUUCUUCUUUACUAAAACCAACACAGCAGCACCGCUCGUUGACGUACUGUUUAUUUCUGGUGAUUUAUUUAACGUGGCUGCCUGUUUCUGCCAAACAAGGCAGCCUGAAAGAAGUGACCGACGGUAACUGGGAGGAGAUCCUGGCCGGAGAGUGGAUGAUAGAGUUCUAUGCUCCGUGGUGUCCAGCCUGCCAGCAGCUGCAGUCGGUGUGGAAGGAGUUUGCAGACUGGGGGGAGGACAUGGGGGUCAACAUAGCCAAAGUGGACGUGACAGAGCAACCUGGUCUGAGUGGGCGAUUCAUCAUCACCUCACUUCCUACUAUUUACCACUGUAAGGAUGGCGUCUUCCGAAAGUACCAGGGAGCUCGCACUAAAGACGACUUCCUGAGCUUUGUCGACGAGCAGAAAUGGAAAGCAGUAGAACCUAUUUCCUCGUGGUUUGGGCCGUCUUCAUUUCUAAUGAAUUCAAUGUCUGCUUUGUUCAAGCUCUCCAUGUUUAUCCGGCGUUGCCAUAACUACAUGACAGACAAACUGGGGAUCCCUGUUUGGGGAUCGUAUGUGAUCUUUGGCCUUGCAACGCUGUUCUCUGGUCUAGCGCUGGGACUGCUGCUGGUGUUCAUCGCAGAUUACGUCUUCCCUUCACGACGGUUUUCUUCUCAUGACUACUACCAGAAGAAACAAUCGAUGGAGCAGGCGAGGUUAAUCCAGAGACAGGAGGACGAGCACGAGGCCGACGGGGAGGAAGAUGACGACGAAGAGGAGGAAGAGGAGGAUCAGGACGACGUGUGGAGGAGGAGGAGAGGCUCCCCCGAGGGGCGCCCCGAACCAAAGGCACAAGGUUUCCCAGAUGAAGCUUUGAGGAAGAGGGUGGUGGCCAACCGCGAGGCGGAGGAGGAAGAGGAAGAGGAGGACACUUAGAGCGUGGGUGUGGAGCGUCACAUGGCUCCUACUCCUCUGAGAAGAGCGCCGUGAAGUCAGCGGAGUCGGAGGAGCUUUGGUCUCGAGCAGCAGUGUUUACAGCAGGGAGCCCUCCAGUAAAUGCCCCCCAAACACCCUCCCUCCUCUUCCUCCUUUCUGCCUCCCUCCUCCUCCUCCUCCUCCUCUUCUUCCGGGCCUCCAAAAACACCUCGCUUCUUUUCUUCUCCUUCCCCUCCCUCCCUCGUUUUUUUUCAAUCGGGAGCGCUUUAGACUCUCUCUCGGCCUGAGCAGCAGGCUCCACCUGGAAAAAAAAAAGCAAAACACUCCCGACACCUGUUUUCACUUCUGGAAACAAAUUGCCUGGUUGAGGUUUGGAUAUGAAGUGGAGUAGAGCUGGAUUUUUUGCAAUGUUGUUUAUGCUAUGCAUCUUUUUUGUUUGUUUGUUUUUUAAUGUGUUUAUUUUAUGUUUCUCUGAAUUAUUAUUAUUAUACCAAGCUUACGUUUUAAGAUUUCUGUUGAUUUUACUACUCAGCUAAUGUAAACAUACCCACAGGUUAUUUUAUGUCUCAUAUAUUUUCCAAGUCCUGACAGUUCAACCUAAAACAAAUAACAACUCACCAUUCCACACUCAGUUUAUAAAGGAGUAAAGGUGCAAAGAAGUGGCCCAAAAAUAUUUUAGAAACAAUGGGGGGGGGCACAGAGGUUUAAAUCUGAGCCCAGUCUGUGUAAAGUGUGCAUGCUCUCAGCACAGGUACGUAUGUUCUUUAACGUGGGGGCAGGAACCCUUUUUUAUGGUAUCUGUGCUUCGCUCAGCCGUCACUCCAAAAACUUUUGACCGAGCUGCAAAAACAAACCAGCUAGAAAACACUCGAUAGAUGCAGAUUUUAAAAAAUAGGAACAAUUAUAUUCACCCUGAGAUUAAAAGGUCUGGUGAAUGCUGUUCUGUAGACGUUCCCCGUUAAUGUAUCAUACAAUCAAACAAGGGGAUGUUUUUUUGUCUCUGAUGUUUACUCGUGAUUCUCUAAUUAUUAAAGGAUGUUUACUUAAAGUGGGUCUACAGCGCUGUGUAUGCAUGCUGUGAUUUAAAAGAAAA